AUGUUUUCAUCUCAUUCAUUUCAUUUUUAUUGUUGGUUUUCUGAGAGGGGGAGAGUUACAUACCCUCUGUCAUCAAAUGGCCUUAUGCUUCUCUUCUAUCUAAUCUAUCUUUCUCCUUUUCUUUUCCCUUCAAACAAAUUGAUUCUUUCUUGCUUUUCUUCUUUCUUUUUCACUCUUUUUUUUCCCAUUUUAUUAUAUCCUUUUGAACUCUUUCUGAGGUGCAUUUCUUUUCCUUUUUUCUUUUACUUCCAUUCUAUACUGAUCUUCAUUUCUUUCUUUUUUCUUCUUUCUCUCAAGUUCAUAAUUUCUCUUCUACUCAUGCUUCCUUUUUAUCUCUCCUUUUUCUUGUUCUUUUUACUGUUUGCUUGUUUUGUCUCUUUUUUUUUUUACUUUCUUUUUUUCUUCCUCUUGCACUUUAUUUUUCAUUAUCUUUCUUUCUUUCACUUAAAAUUUCCUUUUUGUUUCCCAUUUUCCUUUCUUUUAUUUCUCAUUUUAUUAUCUUCUUACCUUCUCUUAAUCUUUUCUCCUUCUCUUUCUUUCUUUUCUGUUAAAAUAGAAUUCAUAACUUCUUUUUUGUUAUUCAUCUCUCCCCUCUUUUUUCUUUUCUAUUCAAGCCUUUCUCUGACUUUAUUCUUUGAAAUAAAAAAGAAAAUUUUAUUUCGUAUGAUACAUGAAUAUCUAUCUAUCUAUCUAUCUAUCUAUCUAUCUAUCUAUCUAUCUCAAUCUGUUCAUAUCUCAUAUCUAUCAACUGUAAUCUUUUCAUAUCUAUUUGUCUAUUUCAAUCUGUUCAUAUCUAUCUAUCUAUCUAUCUAUCUAUCUAUCUAUCUAUCUAUCUAUUUAUCUCAAUCUGUUCAUAUCUAA